AGUGGUGAGUGGGUGGGUGGGUGAGCUAUACGAUGGUUGGUAUUACCAGACUCGACUAGUGUAACAGGCAGGACACAAGUUGUUAGCUGGAGGUGUGGCAGCCACCCGGGGUACUGAAGGACUGCAGUGGUAGCACCUCCCUGGCGGGCUUCACACGUCACCGCGGGGGGAGACACUGGGUGCAGGCGGACUACAGGCUGUCACCAGGAAGUCCAUGCUGUCGCCUCAAGAUUUCAAAUACAGCGAUCACACCAUGGCUACAGUCUGGAUUGUCACAAGCCUUUUAAUUUUCUUACAAGGACACGUGACUGGCAGGGAGUACUGUUCAUAUCUCGUGACUGGCAACUUGUGGCCCUACACCGACAACAAGUUCUGUGAAUACGGGUGUUGUGAGAAAGACUGCUGUACUUACAACGAUUACUUGGCGACCAGCAAGAGAAAGACAUGGACGCUCAUCGGAGCUGCUGUGGGUGUUGUGGUGAUGUUGAUGGUGCUGACCACAGCCGCCUGCUGUGUGUACAGGAGGCGACACCCAAGGAUUGUCACGCAAGGCUUCUCGGGGAACAUGGACAAUGCCAUCCCUGUGACCCUAAGCAACCAUAUCUAAGGACCUCACCUCCCUCAUGAAAGGCAAGCUACAACCAUACCAGCCGGCCCCCCGCCGCCAUGGCAACAACUACUGAUGUAGCUAACGACUCUACUAGCCGGUCCCACCCGUAAUUUCCACCUCAGCCUCAACCUCAGCCUCAUGCCAUCAACCUACGGGACAUACACGCAUGCGCCCUCAUUAGCGCUGAUGAUAAUCAGUAAACAGUCACUGUCAACAGAGUCACGUGGUCAGAUUACCAUGGCAACGGCGCUGUUGAGAGGACAAAACUUUAGAGAAUUAGGGUGACAGCACGGGGACAAGAAAGCAGUUUGUCUGGGGGCUGCACAAGUUUUAUAGUUAAAAUCUCUGUUCGUAUUUUAAUAUUCACUUUGCAAUAUAGCGGACCAUGUAUUUGUUUAUCAUUCCUUUUGUACAUUCUCUCUUUCUAUUUACUCAUAUUCACUUUGCUCAGUCAUUUUUUUCCUGUUUGCUGUUGUCAUUUUUACCUUCGCUUUUUACGAUCACUCUUUUCGUAAACUUUUAUCAUUCACUUCCAAUGUUAACUUUUUAUAUUCACUCUUACAUUCACUUUUGAUGCUCACCUUGGUUCGCCGAGUGCAUGAGGUACACUAAACACUGACCUUUCCCCUGUGGCCUUUCUCACCUGAGGGCCUUACUAGGAAAGAUGAGCCUAAAGGCACUGUCUUCAUUUCAUAAAUACUUGCCUUGUAAACACCACAAUAAAGUGAUUCAUUGUGCACUAA